AUGCGCGGAUUCCACCACGGUCCCGAAUACGGGAUCAGCACUGACGCGCUGGCCUUCACCGGAGUAUCGCAUGAACUGAUUGCAGGAAACGACUCCGGAUUGGUUCUAUCUUCGGUGGAGGCGCGGAUAUGUCCUAAGCCCGCGGGUCUGGGUCUGUAUAUGCGAUUCCAGGACAUGAUUGUCGCGAAAAUGACAUGGCUCGGUUCCCACCAUGAAGGCUUCAAAUUCUGCUCGCAUCAAUCAAUGUCGUUUUGGCUGGAGGAUAUGUAUGGGAACGAGACAUACCAGCCGGAGUUUUAUUCGAAUUGCGAGGAGUGCAAUACCGACUAUGAGAUUGGGUGGCUCAGAAACGAAGAGCUUCGGAAUAUCACUGUAGUGGUGACGAGAUGGGUUAGCCUUGGACCUGGUCUUACUCCGGAUGAUCCCCGAUGGAGGAUUAAUGCGUACUGUGAGACGUGGGGUCAGCCUCAAGGUCUGAAACUGGAGUCGGAGGAAAGGGGUCCUAGUCCUCGGUGGACCUUUGAAGGACUGACUGAUACCUCUGUUGAUACUUUGACUUCGCACAAUCUCUCCUACAUCGAAGAAGACAGGUAUCAGGCUGAGAUGGUACGAGUUUCUGAUGUGCCUUCCUGGGGCCUAUGGAAGGGGGCGCCUUGGUAA